UCACUCCUCUCCCUCCUCCCACACAAGAGAAGCUUCACAAAACUUCUAGAUCCUCCCUCUUCAAACCCCCAAAAAUCCCUCCUUUCUCCUCCAAACUCCGUCAUGAAAAUCUCUCUCACUCUCUCACCAACUUCAGCACCAUGUCCUCCCUCCUCCUCACUCCUGCCCUCUCUCUCAGGCCCAACAACCCACCUCGUAUCUCCUCCAGGCCCAAUAGCAAAAGCCCACUUCUUCUUCCCUUCCCUCCUCCCUCCAAACUCCCUUUCAAACCCUCUCCUCUCCCUCCUCCGAAGUUCUCUGCUCAGGAUCAAGAAGAGCAAACCAAACCGAAACUGCCCUCUUCUUCGGUCGCCGUAGCUCCGGACAACGAAAAGCCCGUUAGAGAGGAGGGGGAAGGAGAGGUCCGGGAGCAGCAGCAGCAGGAGGCGGAUUGGAAAACAGAUGAGGAGUUCAAGAAGUUCAUGGGGAAUCCAUCCAUCGAGGCCGCAAUAAAGCUCGAGAAGAAAAGGGCUGAUAGGAAGCUAAAGGAGCUCGACAAUGAGGUCGGCGACAACCCCCUUGCUGGGUUCUUUAAGAAGAGUGUCAAGGAUAGGUUGCAGAGGGAGAAGGAGAGGUUGGAGAAGGCGGAGGAGAGUUUCAAGGCUUUGGACCUUAACAAGUUGAAGAGUUGUUUUGGGUACGACACAUUUUUUGCGGUGGAUGUCCGGAGAUUUGGGGAUGGAGGGAUUUUUAUUGGGAAUUUGAGGAGACCCAUUGAGGAAGUGAUGCCCAAAUUGGAGAGGAAGCUCUCGGAGGCUGCAGGGAGAGAGGUGGUUCUUUGGUUCAUGGAAGAGAAGGCAGAUGACAUCACAAAGCAGGUUUGCAUGGUGCAACCCAAGUCAGAAAUAGAUCUUCAGUUUGAGUCUACAAAGAUGAGCACGCUUUGGGGAUAUGUCAGUGCAACACUUUUAGGGGUUGCAACUUUCGGAACGAUAGCUCUAAUGAGCGGCUUCUUUCUCAAACCAGGAGCUACAUUUGAUGACUACGUAGCUGAUGUUGUCCCUCUUUUUGGUGGCUUCCUCACUAUCUUAGGUGUUUCUGAGAUUGCAACCAGGGUAACAGCGGCUCGCUAUGGUGUCACACUCAGUCCAUCAUUUCUAAUCCCAUCAAAUUGGACAGGAUGUCUUGGAGUAAUCAACAACUAUGAGUCACUACUACCAAACAAGAAAGCCCUGUUCGACAUUCCUGUUGCCCGAACAGCUAGUGCAUAUUUGACUUCAUUAGCGCUUGCGAUCACUGCAUUUAUCUCUGAUGGCAGUUUCAAUGGAGGAGAAAAUGCUCUAUUUAUAAGGCCGCAGUUCUUCUACAAUAAUCCUUUGCUCUCUUUCGUUCAAUUGGUGGUCGGUCCUUACUCUGAUGAGCUUGGUAAUGUCCUUCCUAAUGCUAUUGAAGGUGUCGGAGUGCCUGUGGAUCCUCUUGCUUUCGCUGGACUUCUAGGAAUCGUUGUGACAUCGCUGAACCUGCUACCAUGUGGAAGGCUUGAAGGUGGGCGAAUAGCUCAGGCUCUAUUCGGUAGGAGCACUGCAAGCUUGCUGUCUUUUGGGACCUCACUACUCCUUGGUAUCGGUGGCCUCAGUGGUAGUGUCCUUUGCCUAGCCUGGGGUUUGUUCGCUACGUUCUUUCGUGGCGGAGAGGAAAUACCCGCCAAGGAUGAGAUCACACCUCUCGGUGAUGAGCGUUUUGCUUGGGGCUUUGUUAUUGCUCUUGUUUGCUUCUUGACUCUCUUUCCAAAUGGUGGGGGUACGUUCUCGAGUUCAUUCUUGAAUCCUCCAUUCUUCAGGGGUGAUGUAUGAACAUCUUAGGCUUGUUUAGAUGCAAAAUGAGUAUAUAUUGGUACGUCAGUUUGUAUAUAAUGUUUCUGUACGAUAUGAAGCCGAGCGUGUGGUAAUGUUGAAUAAGGUAUCUUCUUUAUGA